CAACGCGCCCCUACAGGCUGCCUUAUGUGCUUCAACCAGGAAAUCGUCAGGCCAGUUUGGCUUCAUGUUCAGACGGAGGAUAUUCAGGCACGCUGUGUCAGUGAGUGUGCUCUGAACAAGCAUGGGGCUACACUUAACACGAGCACUCCGCAACUUUAACCUUGAAAAUCGGGCUCAUGGGCUUAUUGGCAAGGAGAAGCCAAGGCCUGCACCCUCCCACCCGAAAACAGAGGAUGCACUGAGGGCAACCAAAACACAUCACCCAGACAUUGAAGAUAAAAUCCGUAACAAAGAUAAUCUGCUUCUGACAAGGCUGAAAGAAGUUUAUGUUGACUCCAGUGACCCAUCUUCUGAGGUACAAACCAAAGAGAGUGCAUCUGCGCAAGAAGAGCUUAGACUUCCAAAACUUAAUGUGAAUCGAGAGUCCCUUAUGGAUCUGGAUGUAGAGAGUAUUCCUAAAGGAAAGAUUUCUGUGCUUGAGGCACUGACACUUCUCAACAACUAUAAAAAUUCUCCAGAAACCUGGACUGCUAAGAAAAUAUCAGAAGACUACCACUUAGACUCCAAGAAUACCCAGGCACUGCUGGAAUACUUUAUACCUUUCAAUGUGAAAAUCAUUCCACCCAAAGACAAGAAGCAAAUUACAGACUCCUAGAACCCUGGAACUUAAUAGCAGAAGGCAAUUAUUUAUAUUUAUUUGAGAACUUUGAUCUGAUGAAUAUUUUGUUUUCUUUAACCCUUCUUAUCUGUGAUUUCUUGCAUUAAAGUCUUUGUGGUA